GCAUGCUGCGUGGCGUGCUCACCUCGUGUGAGGGCCUUCUCCCGGUGGGAGCAGCCAACAUCCAGAUCACCAACAUGGGCUCGGCGUACGCAGUGGCGUACGAGCUGGUGGCGACGGGCAUGGCGGAGGCACCGCAGGCGGCGGCCAUCUACAGCGGCAACAGCACGUGCGGGCAGGCAGCCCCACCCGUGGCGCUGCAGCUGCCCGGCACGUGGCAGCUGCUGAGCUCCGUGUCGUGGUCGCUGGCCAAUGUGCUCACUGUCGCGCCGGCGGACCUGGCGCCCGUGCUCAGCGCCAUCCAGGCGGGCGCCAGUGGGCAGCUCUACAUUGGCUUUGCCGGCACCAGCAGCAGCUUGUCGGGCAAGCUGAUUAGUGGCAGGUUUUGA